GCGCGCAGUGAUGGAGCGCUGACCAGGGGCGCGGCGGUGGCGGCAGCGAGGGCUCCGCGGGCCAUUGGCUACCAGCAGCGGUCAGGGCGGCUUGGGGGCUCCAGAGCCAGCGGGGCCCGCGGGCCGGGCUGGGUGAUCGGGGCUGCAGCUAUGGAAGACCAGAGGGAGGCUCUGCGGAAGAUCAUCACCACCCUGGCUGUGAAGAACGAAGAGAUCCAGAGCUUCAUCUACUCCCUCAAGCAGAUGCUCCUGAACGUGGAGGCGAACUCGACCAAGGUGCAAGAGGACCUAGAGGAGGAGUUCCAGUCCCUGCUGUCCGUGCUGGAGGAGCUCAAGGAGGGCAUGCUCAUGAAGAUAAAGCAGGACCGAGCCAGCCGCACCUACGAGCUACAGAACCAGCUGUCCGCCUGCACCCGGGCCCUGGAGAGUUCGGAGGAGUUACUGGAGAUGGCCAACCACACCCUGCAGGCCACGGACAGCGAGGACUUCCUCCAGGCUGCCAAGCAAAUCAAAGAUGGUGUGACAAUGGCUCCUGCCUUCCGGCUGUCACUGAAAGCGAAGGUCAGCGACAACAUGAGUCACCUCAUGGUGGACUUUGCGCAAGAGCGUCAGAUGCUGCAGGCUCUCACGUUUCUCCCUGUGCCCAGCACCCCCGUCAUCGACCUAGCCGAGUCCCUGGUGGCAGAUAACUGUGUGACCCUGGUGUGGCGCAUGCCGGAUGAGGACAGCAAGAUCGACCACUACGUGCUGGAGUACCGGAGGACCAACUUCGAGGGCCCACCGCGCCUCAAGGAGGACCAGCCCUGGAUGGUGGUCGAGGGCAUCCGGCACACAGAGUACACCUUGACAGCGUUCAUGUUCCGCCUGGAUGCGUCCACAUCUCACCAGAACCUGCGGGUGGACGACCUUGCCGUGGAGUGGGACGCUAUGGGCGGGAAGGUGCAGGACAUCAAGGCUCGAGAGAAAGAUGGCAAGGGGCGGACAGCGUCUCCUGUCAACUCCCCAGCCAGAGGUACUCCAUCUCCCAAGAGGAUGCCCUCAGGUCGUGGGGGACGGGACAGGUUCACGGCUGAGUCCUACACAGUACUGGGGGACACGCUGAUCGACAGCGGGGACCACUACUGGGAGGUGCGCUAUGAGCCGGACAGCAAGGCCUUCGGCGUGGGCGUGGCCUACCGCAGCCUGGGCCGCUUCGAGCAGCUGGGCAAGACCGCGGCUUCCUGGUGCCUGCACGUGAACAACUGGCUGCAGGUCAGCUUCACAGCCAAGCACGCCAACAAGGUCAAGGUGCUGGACGCCCCCGUGCCCGACUGCCUGGGUGUGCACUGUGACUUCCACCAAGGCCUCCUGUCCUUCUACAACGCCCGCACAAAGCAGCUGCUGCACACCUUCAAGGCCAAGUUCACUCAGCCACUGCUGCCCGCCUUCACGGUCUGGUGCGGCAGCUUCCACGUGACGACAGGCCUGCAGGUGCCCAGCUCUGUGCGCUGCCUGCAGAAGCGGGGGAGUGCCACCAGCAGCUCCAAUACCAGCCUCAGCUAGGCCGCUGGGCCACCCAGCCGGCAGGGUGUGUCUGGGGCUGCAGGCACUGCCCUUCUCUUGCUGCUUGGAGCCUUAACUUGUGAAUGAGUGGGCGGUCACCACGGGGAGUGGGGCGCCCCUCUCACCUCACCUCCUAAUAAAGGUCAAACACUG